AACAAGCAGUUGAGCUUAACUCGUCUUCACGCUUUACCAGACUAGUUGUUGUUUUUACCAUUGGAGAGAUUUCGAGUGUAUAGUUUCCUUCAUAUCUGUCGCCAAACUAUUGCCAUAUAGCUAGUGCUGCAAACGGUGUGUAACUAGGACCCUAGGGAGUUGCAGUGGCGAGGAUGCGAGGAAUUGCAGUGUUGAUGCCGUUGCUAGCGUUUGCUGCAGUCAGUGGUGAAAAUGACAAUGGUCCGCUAGCGAUGUCGCUCAUGGAGAUGCGGAUAUCUGCAAGCGGAGUUGAGGGUAGUGUCGAUCAGGACACCGGCAGCUGGGAGUGUUCACGAGCGGGUCGCUUUGUGAAUCCAAACGACUCCAGCUGUCGAACGUAUCUGACUUGCAUUUCGAGCGGUGCAGACGGUGUGCUGCAUGAGCGUCAGGACGAGUGCAGUAAGGGUGCCCUGUUUAGUGGGCGUUAUCAACGUUGUAUCUCUGGCGACAACUGUUCCUCGCUCGAGGACUCAUACGCAAUCGAGUAUGAGUGCAGCGAGUGCGGCAAGUUCGUGCUCCCGACGUCCACCGAUUGCCGGCUGUUCGUAAAUUGCCUGAAGACGAAGGAUCUGGGCGUGUUUGUGCCGAUAAAGCAACGGUGUCCCAACGGAAAGGUAUUCUCACCGCUUGUCCAUGCCUGCGUACUAGAGGACGAGUACAGCUGUGAGUCGCCGAUGGCUUCGGCUCCAGCAGCACUUCUAUCUACGCCAAUCAUGACAACAGUCACCGACAGUUUGAGUGUAGGACGCCCUGGAGCUUACAUAUCAGAUUUCGUGUGCCUUGGACCAGGCCAUUUCCCAGAUGAGUCGGUGCCUCACUGCCGAGGCUUCCGGUUGUGCACAGCUGUUGAUGACGCGGCAACGCAACCGUUGCCGCAACGAACGGACGGACAUGCAACGAACGGACAUCAUCUGCUCGUCUCGCGUAGCUUUCUCUGUGACAUUGGGUCGGUGUUCUCAGAGGUGGAAAAGCGGUGUGUACCCGUCGCCGAUUAUCAGUGUCCCGAUGAUGGUGUGGAGAGCUUCCGUUGUACAGCCGUCGGCCGCUAUCCCGAUCGGGAUGCACUAGGAUGUGGCAGUUACUACCAUUGCCAGCGAACGACGGCUGGCACCUUGAAAGCUGUACUAGAGCAGUGCCCGAUAGGAACUGUCUUCUCAUGGCUCACGACACGAUGCGUUCCGGCUGCGGAGUACGUCUGUCCUGUUGUGGUUAAUGUGGAGAGUAUAGAUCAAAAGGCGGUACCGGUGCACGUAACUGAGCCGCUGGAUGAGGCUAACACGUUAGCGCAGGCGAAAGUGAAAAAGGAUGAGGAUGACUAUGGAAAUCGUUGUGUGAAGUCAGGACGCUUCGCCAAUGAGGAGGACGCUUUCUGUCGAACAUAUUACAUCUGCACGCGAGAUCCAGGAGGUGCCUGGGUUCAGGUGUUUGUGCAGUGCCCGGCAGGGACUAUUUUUUCUCGGGCGGCUGUUCGCUGCGUUGGCGGCGAAAUAGACCCCUUGUUCUGUCAUCCUCAAACGACACCAGUGACAUCCCUAGAAGUCCCCCGGCGUUGUGGUCACGCGCGGGCCAGUGAUCCAAUAGAAGAGCAACAGCAAACCGAAACAGACAACAAUGACAUUGCGUCAGGUGAGCUCGAUGGCUGCUACGAGCCGUCAGAGCCCCUCGGAUCAGGCGAUCAACUGGACAAGGCUCCCUGGUUAACAUGGUCUGUUACCGACUCAGUCGAGGUGGCAGACCUAGUCGAGGAAUGGGGAGACGUUUUGGCGGCCACGACAAUGACUCUUCCAUACUCGAUGCCCGAGUACCCAUGCACAGCGACAGGCCGUUUUGCCGACAUCAACUCCGUCGACUGUCGCUCGUAUUUCAUUUGCACACUCCAGUACAAACAGCAGCUGGAACACCAAGUUCUCGUAUCUGUACACAUGACCUGCCCGACUGGAAUGUUUUUUUCGAGCAACGUCAACAAGUGCGUCGUAUCGAACCGGAGUGCCUGCUAGCCCCACUGCAUUUCUGUGAGGAAUACGUUUGCUAUGUUUGUGUACCUUCUCGCUAUGACUGUCGAUGUUCGCUGCGUUAAUAUCGACUUAAGCAAAAUACAUGUAAGAAUAAGGUUUUGGUUUAUUAAUUUGAACUUUGAAUUUGGACUAUAAAUUAAUUCACACGUGGUUUUUCGGUUUUCCUGCUGUUUUUCGUUCACUUCUUGUGGCACCCAUUUUCCAAUCUUCUGGACCUUUCCUAGGGCCUUCAAACGUUACACAACGUUACAGUAAGCAAUAGAGAUUAACAUUGUCUCUAUUGCAGGUCAAGACCGCUCGGCGGUUAUAAUUGCCGGAUAAGAAGAAUAAUUACUAUCGCAAAGGGCUAAAACAGAAGUAAAAGAAGAAAAACAAAUAUAAUGAUGCAAAAUAUCUCCGUCAAGAUUUAUCCUUGUCUUUCUCAAUUUGUGUCCAUACGCCAUAGUUCAAACCGAAAGAAGUUCAAAUUUGUUCUAGAAAACCGUUUCG